AUGGCCACCAUCGAGCCGCAGAGUGGCCUUCAGGAGGGGGGCGCUGAGGUCGAGAAGAGCCCGGCCUUCAACAAUGGCGUCACAGAAGUCCGUAAUGACAAGCCUCACGAGUCCGAUGUCGACAGCGUGAAUUUUACGCCUGGCGUGCAGCGUGCUAGAGCCACGACCGCCAUCUGGUCAAAGAAGACUAUGUAUCUCAUGUUCAGCCUCCUCUACGUCGUCUCCUUCAUCGACUUGCUCUUGCAAUCCGUCCAGGGUAACCUCAACCCAUAUAUUACAUCCUCGUUCAACAAACACGGUCUCCUCGCCGUUGUCAGUAUCUUUGCCAAUCUACUUUCGGGAUGCUGCCAAUUGGUUAUUGCCAAGGUCAUCGAUAUUUGGGGUCGCUCAGAGGGUUUGCAAUCCUUGUUCUUUUCAGCCUCAUCGGUAUGA